UAUUGUAGAGUCGAGUUCGAGUGUUUUGUUGAUUUGAUUUUGAUUUGGGAUCCACAUGUGUAUUUAAUCAGUAACUUAUUCAUAGUAAUUUUAAGAAAAUGGCUGCUGAUGACGAUCCUCAUAGUUCAGAGGACGAGCAGGUGGAAGAGACAGAAAAAGAAACUGUAGAAAAUAAAGACGAAUCGGUUACAUUCAAGGAUUUGGGUAUUGUCGAUGUUUUGUGUGAAGCGUGUGAAGAGUUAAAAUGGAAGCAACCUUCAAAAAUUCAGAAAGAAGCCAUUCCGGUGGCCCUUCAAGGCAAAGACAUCAUUGGUUUGGCAGAGACGGGUUCUGGCAAAACGGGAGCUUUCGCUCUGCCGAUACUACAGGCGUUACUGGAAAACCCACAGAGAUACUUUGCUCUCAUUCUCACGCCCACCAGGGAAUUGGCAUUUCAGAUUUCUGAACAGUUUGAAGCACUUGGUGCCAGUAUAGGCGUGAAAUGUGCUGUCAUAGUGGGCGGCAUGGACAUGGUGGCCCAGGCCCUGGUCCUGGCCAAGAAACCCCACAUCAUCAUCGCCACUCCCGGAAGGCUGGUGGACCACCUUGAGAACACAAAAGGAUUUAAUUUGAAAGCUUUGAAGUAUCUUGUAAUGGACGAAGCUGAUCGCAUCCUCAACAUGGACUUCGAGGUGGAAGUGGACAAGAUACUGCGAGUGAUCCCUCGGGAGCGCCGCACGUACCUCUUCUCCGCCACCAUGACGAAGAAAGUCCAGAAACUGCAGCGGGCGUCCUUACAGGACCCAGUUAAAGUGGAGGUCUCCACGAAAUACCAGACUGUGGAUAAACUUCAGCAAUAUUACGUCUUUAUUCCUGUUAAAUAUAAGGACGUGUACCUAGUACAUAUAAUCAACGAGCUGGCUGGCAACUCAAUCAUAGUGUUCGUCGCGACGUGCGCAAACGCAUUGCGUUGCGCGUUGUUACUACGCAACCUCGGUCUGGCUGCUGUACCUCUGCAUGGACAGAUGUCGCAGAACAAGAGGCUGGCCGCGUUGAACAAGUUUAAGAACAAGAGCAGGUCCAUUCUGAUAUGUACUGAUGUUGCAUCUAGAGGUCUGGACAUCCCCCACGUGGACGUGGUAAUGAACCUGGACAUCCCGCUGCACAGCAAGGACUACAUCCACCGCGUCGGCCGCACCGCCCGCGCCGGCCGCUCGGGGAAAGCCAUCACCUUCGUUUCACAGUACGACGUCGAGCUAUACCAGCGUAUAGAACAGCUGAUCGGCAAACAGCUUCCUCUGUACGCGUGCGACGAGAACGAAGUAAUGGUGCUGCAGGAAAGAGUCUCCGAAGCUCAGCGGCUCACCAACAUUGAAAUGAAAGAGUUAAACGACAAAAAGUCGAUUAAGGGAAAAAAGCGUAGCGCGGGCUCCGACGACGACGACACAGAGGAGGCGAUAGGCGUGAGGCGACGCAUCAAGGGGAAGCCGAACAAACACGCCGCCAAAAGGAAAAGAAAAUAAAUUUUUUGUUGUUACUUGA